AUGACCUCCUCCACUGAUGAUUCUGGUGACAUCUCUGCAGAGUUUGCUCCUGACAUCCACACUUCCUGUCCAACUCAAGCCUCUAGAUCUGCCACAGGCAAGAAGAACUUGACAUGGUUGGGUGCCAAUGUUCUUCACCUUGUCAUGAUCCUCUACAACAAUGACUCCUACCAGUGCACUCUGCUGCCAUCUCAAGAAUUGGCUGAGAGCGAUCCAGCCCUCAAACUUCACAAACAUCCCAUUUUUUGGGAUAUCUCCAAGAUGAUUUUCCCAGGCACAUCUGUCGAUCCCAAUCACAUCAAGUCCAAGCUGAGGUGGCUGCUAGAGACAUACUACAGGGAGAAGAAGAAGCUUUCACCCACUGGAGCUGGUACACUGCUGGAGGACAUGGAUGCAUCCAACCUGUAUGCUUGGUUUGAAAGGAUGCACAAGAUGAUGAAUGGCCAAUUCAAUGCUGAUCCUGCAGCACUUAUCACAACUCCCAGUCUCAACUUCACCAGCAAUGAUGAGCCUGACAUGCCUUUGAAUGGCUCAGCUGACAUACCCAUGGAUAUUUGUGGCAGUGAGCUGUACAAUCACAGCACUCACAGCCAUGGUUUGCCUCCUAUUCUCAACUUGAUCAAACCCACCAACCCCCUGGCUGCUGUUGCAUCCACUUCUGGUGCAUCCUUUGCUGGCACUGGUGAUGAUGACAUCUUUAACACACCUUCACCUCCACCUUUGCAGGCUCAACCACCUUCCUCCACUGCUGGCAGUUUGGAUGUCUCUGAUUCCACCUCUUCUCAAUCUUCAGCCCAGCUCUCUCCCAGCACCAAGCACAAGCAAGGUGCCCUUGAUCACAAGUGUGACACACUUGCUGAAGCUUUCUAUCAUUCUUCCAUUGAUACCCUUCAGAUCCACCUGCAGCUUGAACAGGAAUGCACCAGACAUGAGAAAAUACUGGAGGCUGAGCAUACCAAGCACAAGGAGAUGCACCUGCAUUGUGAGAGGGAGGAGAAAGAGCAUGAUGAACAUGCCAGUGUCGAACAGGAUGCUCAUCAGAACACCAGCAACAACAACAACAUGGACUCUUCAUUCAAUCUUCCUGUCUUGUAG